GUCUCCCUGUGUUGACGCUUUUCUAAAAUGGCUGCUGCGGCUGUAGUCGAACCCCCUUCAGGUAAAGAUGCUGUUGCGGAAGGGCUGCUGGAUCUCCUGAAACCAGCAAUUCAGCAGCUCGACUUGCAUGUACAUUCAGUCAGAGAAAGCCAGGUUGAAUUAAGAGAACAUAUAGACAAUUUGGCUACGGAAUUAUGCAGGAUAAAUGAACAUCAGAAGGUGGCUCUAGAUCUGGACCCUUACGUAAAGAAGCUGCUGAACGCAAGGCGGAGAGUAGUGCUAGUAAACAACAUAUUGCAGAAUGCUCAGGAACGUCUGAGGCGACUCAAUCACAAUGUGGCCAAAGAAACAGCACGAAGAAAGACCAUGCUGGAGGCGUCAGGGGUGUUCACCUCUCGCUCCCCGAGCAAACCUUGAGCCUCCACCUCCUGCUCAGCACAGCGAAUACUGUGAGCCUCUCUGACCUGGAGGGACAUGUGACUACAGGAAACUGCAACACCAGGAGGACCAGUCUUUGAUAUUCACUUAUGUGUUUGUGUAAUAACUUGCUCUGCUUUUGUCGUAAUACAAAUCUCGGCUGCUGUGUGCUUACAAUUAGGCAGAUUAUACAUAUGAUCCCAAAAACACGAUUAGCUGUUGUGUUUUUUUAGUUUCUGUCUUCAGAUGAAGAAGCUAAGUGUUCUUUGGCUGGGGAACAUUUAUGUAGUAAAGUCACAAGCACUGAUUCUACAGAUAAGAUAAAUACUUCUGUUUAUAAAGAAGUUGUCAGAAAAUUUUAUAGAAAAGACUGACCUUAACUCUAACCCUGUGCCAUGCAGGAUAGAUUAUUAACACAACCUGAGCAUCCCGAUGCAUUGUCUUAAAAAUGUCUUGAAGCGUUCUGCUCUCUGGCCUGAGAGAGCAAAUGUAAACUGUAAAUUCUUUACGAAGUAACCUUUGAAAAUUCAAGACAUUAGCUUGUUCUUAUUUUCCCUGCAAAAAGAAGUACAGACAUGUUCAACUCUACUUGUACAUGCUUGUUAUUUUCUGUUUUUGAAUGAUAUUCACUGCUUUAUUUAUUUAUCUUUACCCAGUGUAUCAGUUUUUUUCAUUGCUCAUAUCAACAUGCUGAUGAGAGUAAUGCAAAGGCAGAGGUUUUUGCUGUCCACAUUUUUUGGUUGCCAGAAGAUGAAUGCUGGUGAUUUCCGUGUUUUUUGUUCAUCAUAAGAAACAUUGUACAGAGAGGAAAUAAGAUCACAAAAUACAAAGUGAUUGUCCUAA